AAACUCCGGUGCUUCUCCCGGUGAAUUGACAGCGGUGCUGCUGGCUGUAACAGGAUGCUGUCAGACUCAGGCCGAACAGACGCACAGACCUAACGGAGACAACCCGCAACAGCAUCCUUUGUUUUCUGGAGCUGGAGAGCAAGUGGUGACAUCGACUGACAACCUGCAGCAUUUACAGGAGAAGGAAGACGCAUCCAGCUUCAACAGCCAGUAGCAAAAGCUUGGAGCAUGGAAGGAGCCAAUAGAUUGAAGCAGGACUCUUGUGCUAACCACUAGGACAGCUCCAGGCUGAUCGUGUGGCAAGCUGAAGGGGAAGCUGAACCGCAGGUGGAGAGGCAGCAGGGCUGUCUUUUACCAUCAUCCACAGCAUUCCUUUGGCCCUUCUGUAGCACACAUCAACACCACUUCCCUGCAACACUCAUCAAUCUUUGCGCCGCUUUUCAUUCUGUUGUUGCAGUCGCUCUCUCUCUUCUAUCUACGCAUCUGUUUAUCUGGCUUGAUUAAUACAUCGGCAGAAUCGAAGCAUCUCAGACCAGUAAAAAACGCUCACUAAAGGCCAGUGAAGUGAGCUGUUAAAAUUGUAGAGCUGCCACCAGAAAGCAAUCAUCCCACUCAUGCAAUGCAGAAGCAUAUGUGACUGCAGUGCUUCACCAGCCCCCCCAAACCUAGAGUCUGGCUCAGUCCCACAGGUGAUGAGGAGGGCCAGGGGCUUCAUGUCUUUCUAGACUUUCUCUUCUCCACCUUUUGUCUUCAUGCUUUGGGGGUCCUCCAGUGUCCCCGCCCUCUGUCAACCCCCCCGCACCCACCGCCACCACGGCCAGCCACCCCAGUCGCCUUGUUGCCAUGCCGACAGAGACACUGGCUCCAGCCCUGCCAGAUAGCAAGGCUGCUGGCCCUGCGGCGCCCUUCAGCUCCGCUGUACCUCUUCGCAUCCUCAACAAGGGCCCUGAGUACUUCAGGAGACAGGUGGAGCCGAACCCAAAGCGCCUCAGUGCUGUUGAGAGACUAGAAGCUGACAAGGCCAAGUAUGUCAAGAGCCAGGAAGUUAUUAAUGCCAAGCAGGAGCCAAUCAAACCACCUGUGCUGGCUAAGCCUCCCGUUGGUCACACCCUUCUGUCGAAGAGAGGCUCUGGGAUUGGUGGAGGAGGAAAUGGAGGCGGAAUACCUUUUAAAGCCUCUAACAACAACGCCAAGUCAGACACGUGUGCAACAAGCAGUGGCAGCAGCAAACGGGAGAAUUUAAACUUGGAGAUCCUAAAAAAUCUGCUAAACUCGUCAUCCUCCUCGGGAGCAGGAUCUGAAGGACUAGGAGGUGGAGCUAAGAGUGCUGUGCUGAUGAGGUCAUCUGGGGGAAUGGCCAGGAGUUGGACACCAUCUGGGAUGCCCUUAACCUACCGAUCUACAAUGACACUUAAUGAACAACCGUCAGAUAUAGCUCCAAGCCCCAGCACCUCACACUCCCUACGAUCCUUCUCCCAUUCCCUGAAGGUCCCGCCGAUCAACAGCGGAGGGCGUCGCAGUCCACAGCAGGGAGCAAACCUCAACCUCAGCAGACGAGUCCUGGAUGAGAGGGGAGGUGAAGGAGGAGUUAUCGAACGUUCUCGCUCCCCACUACCACCUCUGCUCACCUCCCACUCGUCUUCCGACCUUUUGCGGCUGUGCAAUGGCAAGCCACUCCGCACAGCACGAUCCAGUAGCUCCUCAGCUCCGCCCCUUCCCCCAAAACCUAACCCUGCCUCCCUCCCCCCUCCUGCCCUUUCUUUGUCUUUGCCCCCGACUCGUCCAACUCCAUCUCCCUCCCCCUGUGAUAACACCACUCCUCAGUCGCUCCCUUGUGAUUUUGGGUACCCUUCCAAUACCACAGCUGAUCCCAACCUGGAGCUUGAACUUGGUUCAUCUGUGGCUCGUCGCCCCUCGCUACACAGAUCGAAAUCAGACCUGUCAGACCGAUAUGCCCGGGCUGGAGCUGAUGUGGAACGCUUUUUUAACUACUGUGGCCUCGACCCCGAGGAGCUGGAGGGAGUUGGUCCAGAGAACUUUGCGAGAGCGAACUCAGACAUUGUCAGUCUGAACUUCCGAUCAGCUUCUAUGAUCUCCUCCGACUGUGACCGAUCGCGACGAUCUUCCAAUGAUGGCCUAUCAGACGGGGAUGAGGGUGAGGAUGAGGAGGAGGAGGCCGGGGAGCGUGUGCCAUAUGGCAUCUCAGCUGUGGAGCGAAAUGCAAGGGUCAUUAAAUGGCUGUAUAGCAUUAAACAAGCCAGAGAGACUCAAAAGGUCUCACAUGUUUAGGAUAAGCAUUACAGUGUAAUGGAGGUACUGUAAUAUAUAGACAAACUGCCUCGUGUCUCAGAAUUAAUAGGUGGACCAUCAUUUUUCACAGGUUUAGAAACUGUGAUGUUGGGGCUGAACUGCAAAUUUGUCAGAAAUGUGUAGAUGAAUGGAUGGAAGAUGUAUACCAAACGAGGUAAGAAAACAAAAUGAAUGAAAGGACUAAAUGAGGAAAAGGACAUUAAUACUUCUAGGUUUAGAACAAGAUGAAUACUAACAACAGAGAUGAAUUAAACUUGGACAGUCAUAUGAAUAAAAUGUGCUGUCUCAAGAGACAGAAUAACUAGAUAACUGACUGUCUAUGGACAGUAUAAGCCAACAGACUAAGCCUGUUAGUUUGCUUAAGCAACAAGAACAAGAGCUAAAUGCACUACGAACAUUCAAGGACCCAAAACGUGACCAACUCAUCACAGUAGAAUAAAGGCCUUUCUCAUAGAAGAAAUGUUGUCUCAUCAACCAUAGGUAUGACUGACAUUCCAAUAAAGUGUAGUAUGAUUUCAGACCUCUAAAUCAUUCCAUACAUUUCUGAGCUGUUCAGCUCAUCUUCCUGUAUAGGAAUAUGAUAGCUAACUAGCACUCUCAAAAAAACAAAAAACUAACAUGGCAACAGAUUGUUGUAAAUUGACCAAAAAUACUCAGACUGACUGGAAAUCCACAUUGAAAAGUAAGACGUGAGCAUUAAUGCUUUUGAAAUGUUCUGUCUGUUUAAUUUGCAGUCAUCAGCUACUCCAAGUGUUUCCACAUGGCUGAAGGCAGACAUUUAUGGAACGACAGCUGUUUAAUACAGACAACACAGGAUUGCUGUGUCUCAGUCAUUACAGAAACACUAUAGUUCACAUCACAACUCUCUAGUUUCCUUCAUUUUACUUUAGCAAAAAAAGCAAUAGCCUAGUUCAUAGCAACACAGGGAUUCUAAUGUAGCCAAUUGACAGUGAUGUUCACAACAACUCUGCUGUUGCUAUUUCCUGUGAACAGUAUUUUAUUUAUUUAUUUUUUUUAAAAAGGUGACAAUCUCUGUCAGCCUCAUAACAGCUGCUACCAUUGAUGCAUUUGCUACUGAUUGGUGAAGGCAAAAACUUAAAAUGGUAUUUCAGUCUGACUAUAAGGUUUAUUCAAUAUUUCAGUUCUUUUUGUUUAGUUUGUUAAUUUUUGAGCUCAUCGCAGUCGAAAUGUCAAAAUGUCUGCUGUGAGAAAGGCCGUUAUCACGCUGUUGGUGUUGACGUUUAAACAAACUUCGGAAAAGGUGCUGACAUCUUUGCAAAACAGAUAUGAACUCUGUGUCAAAGUAUUAAGUCGGAGAUGCCGGUACGCUGUGCGACCGUAAUGACGUCAGCUCAGUGAAGUUACUUGAUAUUUGUAAUAGGUGACUGUUAAAGGAAUUAUUGAUUAAUUCAGUGCUAGUGGAGGCUAUCAGUGAAUCAAGUUGUUAACCAUGACAUUGUAAAAUGUUCAGGAACCUACGUGGUGGUGGUACACUAGCUUUUGCUGAGCUUUAGGUUGUGCUAAGCUAGAUACUGCGAUUGCUAAAUGAAGAUCUUGGUGUGUGUGUGAUGAGUGAAAGAUGAAGGAAACAGGAGAAUUACACCCAGUAGUUGGGUGGAUACACACAUAAUAUAAAAUAUAGUCUUAUGAGCAUACAGCAUUAAGGUUACACUAUCAUAUUAUUACACUGAUAGGCUGGUUUUUGCCUGUAUUGUAGGAUUUAUCAUCAACCCAUUCAUUUCACUGGAGAGCUUUAGUGUCCAAGGAUAGGAUGUGGUUAUUUGAAGGCUAUUGCACACUAACAAAAGCCCAAACAUUAUUAUAUAAGUAGACAUGUGGUCAAAUGAUUAACCUGAACAGUAAAACACAUCAUUAAUGGCACUGGCUUCAGGUGCUCUAAAACAUGACCUUUAUGAUUCAGGUUAGAAGGGCUCUGAUGUGUUUAGGAUUUUGUGAUUAGUGCCAUUCAAACUCAAGACAACUGCAGAUCAAAGAAAUGCACCAAGACAGCCUAGGGGAUCUCAGUCAGCUUCCAAUCAAACGCCGUGGUUCACUUUCAGUUUAAGCAUGUGGUAGUACAUAUUUGGUUUUAACAGGAAUUUUAAAAACAAACUACUAUUAAAUGUUUAUGUUGCAAACACUACCAUUCAGAACUUUGGAGUCACUUAGAAAUGUCCUUAUUCUUGAAAGAAAAGCCGUUUUUUCAAUGAAGAUAACAUUAAAUGGAUGUGUAGAAAUACAGUCUAGACAUUGUUAAUGUGGUAAAUGACUGUUCCAGCUGGAAAUGACUGAUUUUUAAUGGAAUAUCUACAUAGGGGUACAGAGGAACAUUUCCAGCAACCAUCACUCCUGUGUUCUAAUGCUACUUUGUGUUAGCUAAUCAUAUUGAAAGGCUAAUUGAUGAUUAGAAAACUCUUGUGCAGUUAUGUUAGCACAUGAAUAAAAGUGUGAGUUUUCAUGGAAACCAUGGAAUUGUCUGGGUGACCCCAAACUUCUGUACGGUAGUGUAUGCCUUUUCAACAAGUUCACAUCAGUGAUCUUUUACUUUAAACAUACAAAUUUUGUUGAACGUUUAGCUCACUGGGUUGCUAAGUGGAUGCUAGUUAGCCAAUGUUGUGGACAUUCGUGCAUCCUACUGUACAGUACUUCUUAUUUAAAGAGAAAAUAUUUUUUUUGUUUCACAGAAAUGUGUAAUUUUCAAAUUGUAAGACCCAUGAAUUAUACAGUGCCUUGUGAAAGUAUUCGGCCCCCUUGAACUUUUCAACCUUUCGCCACAUUUCAGGGUUCAAACAUAAAGAUAUAAAAUUUUAAUUUUUUGUCAAGAAUCAACAACAAUUGGGACACAAUCAUGAAGUGGAAUGAAAUUUAUUGGAUAUUUUAUACUUUUUUAACAAAUACAAAACUGAAAAGUGGGGUGUGCAACAUUAUUCGGCCCCUUUACUUUCAGUGCAGCAAACUCACUCCAGAAGUUCAGUGAGGAUCUCUGAAUGAUCCAAUGUUGUCCUAAGUGACUGAUGAUGAUACAUAGAAUCCACCUGUGUGUAAUCAAGUCUCCGUAUAAAUGCACCUGCUCUGUGAUAGUCUCAGGGUUCUGUUUAAAGUGCAGAGAGCAUCAUGAAGACCAAGGAACACAGCAGGCAGGUCCGAGAUACUGUUGUGGAGAAGUUUAAAGCCGGAUUUGGAUACAAAAAGAUUUCCCAAGCUUUAAACAUCUCAAGGAGCACUGUGCAAGCAAUCAUAUUGAAAUGGAAGGAGUAUCAGACCACUGCAAAUCUACCAAGACCCGGCCGUCCCUCUAAACUUUCACCUCCAACAAGGAGAAGACUGAUCAGAGAUGCAGCCAAAGAGGCCCAUGAUCACUCUGGAUGAACAGCAGAGAUCUACAGCUGAGGUGGGAGAGUCUGUCCAUAGGACAACAAUCAGUCGUACACUGCACAAAUCUGGCCUUUAUGGAAGAGUGGCAAGAAGAAAGCCAUUUGUCAAAGAUAUCCAUAAAAAGUCUCGUUUGAAGUUUGCCACAAGCCACCUGGGAGACACACCAAACAUGUGGAAGAAGGUGCUCUGGUCAGAUGAAACCAAAAUCCAACUUUUUGGCCACAAUGCAAAACGAUAUGUUUGGCGUAAAAGCAACACAGCUCAUCACCCUGAACACACCAUCCCCACUGUCAAACAUGGUGGUGGCAGCCUCAUGGUUUGGGCCUGCUUUUCUUCAGCAGGGACAGGGAAGAUGGUUAAAAUUGAUGGGAAGAUGAAUGGAGCCAAAUACAGGACCAUUCUGGAAGAAAACCUGUUGGAGUCUGCAAAAGACCUGAGACUGGGACGAAGAUUUAUCUUCCAACAGGACAAUGAUCCAAAACAUAAAGCCAAAUCUACAAUGGAAUGGUUCACAAAUAAACGUAUCCAGGUGUUAGAAUGGCCAAGUCAAAGUCCAGACCUGAAUCCAAUGGAGAAUCUGUGGGCAGAGCUGAAGACUGCUGUUCACAAAUGCUCUCCAUCCAACCUCACUGAGCUCGAGCUGUUUUGCAAGGAAGAAUGGGCAAGAAUUUCAUUCUCUCCAUGUGCAAAACUGAUAGAGACAUACCCCAAGCGACUUGCAGCUGUAAAUGCAGCAAAAGGUGGCGCUACAAAGUAUUAAUGCAAGGGGGCCGAAUAAUAUUGCACGCCCCACUUUUCAGGUUUUUAUUUGUUAAAAAAGUUUAAAAUAUCCAAUGAAUUUCGUUCCACUUCACGAUUGUGUCCCACUUGUUGUUGAUUCUUGACAAAAAAUUAAAAUUUUAUAUCUUUAUGUUUGAAUCCUGAAAUGUGGCGAAAGGUUGAAAAGUUUAAGGGGGCCGAAUACUUUCACAAGGCACUGUAUUUGUGUUUUAAAUCAGGAAGGUCAGGGAUGUCCAAUCAAAACAGCAACUGUAGCUGUUAGGUUUAGUCAGCUGUUUUUAUAAAGACUAGCUUGUUCAUUCAGUGAAUCUGACAAACUACUGCAGGAAAUCAUUGCCUGCUAUCUUGUGAGUGUACUUUCUGCAUGCUGUAUUUUGUAUGUAAGAUUGUAUUCUUCUAUAAUUUUGACAGUGAUUUGAGAGCGAGUUUGGUCUUAAUGCUCUUCAGAAAAGACAGCACUUGAACACAGUGCUCAGAGUUUUCUGCGAAAAUAAUCUACUCCAUAGUGUCAUUUUAUUCUCAAAUAGAAACAGCUGCAUCUUCAUUUCAUGGGUGAAGUUUUAGUAGUGAUAAAUGAUCAGGUUUUUCAAACGCAAGAAUAAGUCAUUCCCCUCAUCCAUUAAAAAAAAAUGCACACACUCCUACUCCUCAUUUCUACCUGUCCAUUACACACGAGAUUGACUUCAAACCUCAACUACAAAUGCUUAUGACCAAUUAAAUGCACACUCACUGUUUUUUACUUUAAUGCAAACCUAAAAGAAACAGUGAAGUGUGUUAUAUCCAGACAAGUGACAAAUUAAACAAAAACCAAUAGUAACAUGUCUCGGUAAGGGUUUUGGUCACAGCUUGAAUGUGCCUUGUUUGGUUGAUGGUGAUGGAGAGCACUAUCUAACAGGCUGGUCCAGAAUCUCCCAUAAAUGUUCAGCUGGGUUGAGAUCUGGUGACAGUGAAGACCAUAACUCAUAAAUCACAUCAUUUUCGUACUCAUCAAAUCAUUCAGUGACCCCGUGUGCCCUAUGCAUGAGGGCAGUGUCAUCCUGGAAGAGACCGCUCCCAUUUGAAUAUAAAUGUUUCAUCAUAGGAUUCAGAUAAUCAGAAGAGUUUUGUAUUGAUUUGCAGUGACGUUGCCUCUAACGGGACAUGUCUCCUACUGUAGAACAGAGCCAGGGAUUCGAGUCUUUCUUUACUUUGUCACCUGACUGUAUAUCCACAAUUUAGAAUUUACGAAAACGUUAAAGAAGCAGAAUUUCCAGAGUAUGUCAGUGAUAGCACUGGACACUAAAGCUCUCCUUUUAAAACGGUUAAUCUCAUUAUGCAGCCCACCAGGCACCAUAAAUCUACACUGAAAGCAAUAUUAAUGAUAUAGCGGUAUAUUACAGCACAAUAUGUGUAGGAAGGUGGAUGGGAGAGUGUGAUGUUGUUGUAUGUCAGCGUUCUGAUUGCCUCCUCCAGUCCCACACACACAGAAGGAACCCCAGCAGUGCUUCUGCGUUACGUCAAAGAACACUACAGGCUGCGCUCACGAUGAACAGGCUUGUGGAUGCUCUGCUUUCUCUCUCGCCACAUCUUUGUCUUUGUCAGUCCUCAAAAGCAAGCCACAAGAAUCCUGUUGCUUAAUUCCUGUGUUCUUCCUGAUACUGAAUGAGGAUGGAUUACCAAGUUAGCCUCCGCCCUCAUCCACUGUGUACAUAUCUGCAAGUUGCUGACAUGAUUAGAGGCCCGAAGCCAUAUCGAUGAGAAAACAGCUUCUCGAUCAGCAGCUACCAGCUGUCAGUGUGUCUGUCUACCCCUCCGCCUCCCUUUACCUCACCUUUAGUCUGCUAUAGGUCUGGGCCAGUGCGUCCAACAACAGCAACAACCCUGCUGGCUUCACUUUACUUCACACCAAGAACCAGACAAUAUUGCUGGCAUGGUUGAACCACUACAGAGACACGUUUUGUCUGUUUUGGAAUGAACAUGAUGACAUGGUGUGUAGAGAAGAGCUGGAUGAGAUGAGCCAGUAGUAGUUUAAUGCCGAGUCCUCAGAGAGCUUUCCAAUUCCAAAACAUUAAGGACAGUUGCAACUAAAGAACACUGACGACACAUUCAAAUCUGAAUGCUCAUCAGGAAUAGCAAGACAGAUGCAGGCCUGCAAGUUGGUGUAAAUUAAAGUGUAUGAAUUUACUUUGGGGGUUUUAUUCAGAUGUGUUGCAGUGUUCAUAAUGUACAAUUCAGUACCUGUGUAGCUGAAAUGAUGGACAGAAAAGUUUUGUCUUAACUCUUCGAAGGCACAUCUGUGGACCUUUUUUUUUUUUUUUUUUUUUUUAGAAAUGUGUGACACUGUUUAAUAUCAGUCAGACAAACUAAAGCAGCAUGCAUACACAUGUGGCUGUAUAUUGUUUUCUGCAACUGUGAAAAGCACAAUCUCUGAAGUCACAUGAGUUAAAUGCAGAUUAGAUUACCACUGAAACCAAAAGGGAUUAAACUCUUUGAAACAGCAUUUGGCUCAUGCAAGACCAAAACUCCAGAAGAUUAAAUGACAGAUUGGUAAAGCCUCAGUGUACUUCAAAACUAAGUCCUCAUCAAGUCCUGCAACAGCGUCUCAAAUCGCAUGUCCAACCCGGUGAACAGAGAAAUGUGCUUGGCAAGUUUUAUUUUUACUCUUAUAAGGCAGACAAACUGUGAUUGGUCAGGUAACUAACAGCCGAAGGAAAAUCCAGACUAGUCCUUUAAAAACACUAAACAUAUCAAUCCCAAAUGGUCAUGAAAUGCUCCUGCAAUCAUUAUUAUUCAACUGACAAUGAUUUUAUGGAAUUCCUCCACGCAGUAAUCACACAUCUAUGUUCAUGAACAAGCUGGCAUUGACAAAAAGGCAUUGUACGGGGUGUAUGAAGUUUUAGCUUUUAAUAUAUCCCUUUUUCUUCCUAAAUAAGAAGUGAAGUGAAGCCAGCUGGGAAAGACCGUUCCCAGUGUCCUCGCUCUGAGCUCAGGGCUGUGCUCGCAUGUUCCCAACCUCUCAUUCCCCUGUGUCUUCCCAGUGUCCUCUCUGGAACCCUGGAGACCCUGCUGCUUCUCACUGUCAGCAUUAAUAAAGAUGAUAUAGAACUGUUCUGGCAGCACCAUCAUACUUGACUUUCAUUUCUGUGUACAUGGUAUAUGUUUUUCUUUUUAAAUCUUUGACAGAGUUCUUCUGUGGUUCUUGUUGCUUUAUUUUCUCUUCUAUGUGUAAAUGCUGUAAGAAAAAUGGAAAAAUGUAUAUAUUUGAUUUAAAAAAAAAAAAAAAGAAGCAAUGUGUUGGAUUUCAGUUUUUCUCUGUCUGAAGGUUUAUGGUUACAAAAGAUUCCCAACAAAGAACUGCUGUUUUGCUCUUUGCCCUCAGUGCAGAACUGUCUGAUCGAACUGGGCACGAUUGUUUCAGAGACUUAAGUGUUGACCGUAUUUUUCACCGUGGAAACCGUUAGCUUUUGCUUGAUUCAAAAAAACAACAAAAAACUGUGUUCAUGUUAAGUUUCUUUUGCAUUAUUUCAAUAAAUGGCUUCUUUUGCCAUCUCUUGCCA